UGCGGCCACGCCCGCGGCCGCCGCCUGCCUGGGCAGGUGCUUCCUUUCCCCGGCGGCGUCUCUGUCGGGCGGCUGGGGGCUGCCUCGGACACCGCCGCCGGGCCUCGUGGCGCGGUCCGGACUGACCAUGUGGCGGCCGAGGUGGCGCCGUCAGCCGGCUUCCCCCGCCAGUGGCGCGGUGAUACGGCUCGGACUGGGACGACGGGCGGUCGCGGGAGCCCGGUCCCUGGCUUCCCCCGCCGCGCCGCGGGGCUGCGUCCCGGACCGGGCCGCAGAGGCACCCAGGCCGGUGGGCAGCGGGUCUAACCCGGCGGCGAGCUGCGGCCGGCUCCGCGCACGUCACUUCCCGCGUCUCGCUUCCGGCCUGCUGCGAGCACUUCCGCGUGCGGGGGCCGCGUCGCGGGCCUGCUCGCGCCGAGGGGGCGGAGAGAGGCUGGCCGCCCCACGGUGAGGCGCUGCUCUACCGGCCCGCCCCCCGGCCCCGCCCGCCCUCCUCCCGGGAUGCCCCUCCUCACGCCUCGGCCUCGCGCGGGCCCCCUGCCCCCGGCGCCUGCCUUCUCCGGCCCGCGGCGCGUCCCCCGCCCCAAAGCCGCGCGCCCUUAAGCCCCGACGUGGGCGGGGGUGCAGCUGCCAGCGGCCCGACGGCGCGGGGACCUGCACCGGCCGGAUGUUAGAAAACGGAAUUAUGUAAUGGCUGACGUCCUGCCGAGCGCUCGUUCCAGCCGACUAUUAUUUUAGCCCUGGCACUUUCCCAGCUGGCCCUGAGGCCCUCACCUUGAGGUCUGUCGGAGGCUGGACCCCAGCAUGGGCCAUGUCACGUGGUGCGGCACUCAAACUAGUAAAGAUGUCACAGGAUAAAAGUUGCUUUUUGCUGAAAGCGACUUGAAUCACACGGGCCAAGAAUGAAGAAUGGGCUGUGGAAACACAUGAGUCAGUCUGGGAGGCCGCUGUGAUCCCAGCCAGGACGCUGCCCACACCCUGGCGCUUUGCCGGGCAGAGCUUGCCUUCGGGGUCCUUGCUCCCCGCCUCUCCAUGGUGCUGUCGCUGAUGAGAUAAAAGUGCCCACAGCGCAGUGUCAUGGCGUCCUCAGCUAAACCCCAAGCCCUGGCAGAGCUGGCGCCCGGCCCCGAGGAGAAGCCCAGGGGAAAGCCAGCCCUCACCUGGGGUUCUCUCUUCGGCUCCCGAAGUGAGCAGAUUGUUUUCGCCAAGAGUGGCAGCAGCCCCGAGGAGCACACGCUCACCGUCACCAUCACGGAGACCACUGUCAUCGAGUCGGACCUGGGCGUGUGGAGCGCCCGCGGCCUGCUCUACCUCGCACUGUGGUUCUUCUUCAGUUUCUGCACACUCUUUCUCAACAAGUACAUCCUGUCUCUGCUCGAGGGGGAGCCCAGCAUGCUAGGUGCCGUGCAGAUGCUGUCAACUACGUUCAUUGGAUGUGUUAAAAUAUUUGUUCCUUGCUGUUUAUAUCAGCACAAAAGCCGGCUUUCCUACCCGCCCAACUUCACCAUGACCAUGCUGUUGGUGGGUCUGAUGAGGUUUGCAACAGUGGUUUUGGGGCUGGUCAGCCUGAAAAACGUGGCAGUUUCAUUUGCCGAGACGGUGAAGAGCUCUGCCCCCAUCUUCACUGUGAUCAUGUCCCGGAUGAUCCUGGGCGAGUACACGGGUCUGCUGGUUAACCUCUCCCUCAUCCCAGUCAUGGCAGGCCUGGCACUGUGCACAGCGACCGAGAUGAGCUUCAACAUCUUGGGGUUUUCGGCCGCGCUGUCCACCAACAUCAUGGACUGUCUGCAAAAUGUUUUUUCGAAAAAGCUCCUCAGCGGGGACAAAUACAGGUUCUCGGCUGCGGAGCUGCAGUUCUACACCAGUGCCGCUGCCGUGGUGAUGCUGGUUCCAGCUUGGGUCUUCUUGGACUUGCCGGUGAUCGGGAGGAGCGGAAAGAGCUUCAGGUACAGCCAGGAUGUCGUAUUGCUUCUGCUGGUGGACGGCGUGCUGUUCCAUCUGCAGAGUGUCACAGCAUACGCACUCAUGGGGAAAAUCUCCCCAGUGACCUUCAGCGUCGCCAGCACCGUGAAGCACGCCUUGUCCAUCUGGCUCAGUAUUAUAGUUUUUGGCAACAGAGUCACCAGCCUGUCGGCCAUCGGCACUGUCCUGGUGACAGCUGGCGUCCUGAUGUACAACAAGGCUAAGCAGUCUCAGCGGGAGGCCAUGCAGAGCCUGGCCACGGCCCCCAGCCCUGAGGGCAGUACAGAGCCCCUGGUCCCCAGGGACCCCAGACCGCACCACUGAGCGGUGCCCAGGAGCCCCGAGGCGCCCACCACUGCUCUCCUGCUCAUGGAUGUGGGAUUCCCUUCGUCUCCCGGCUACUAGACACCAGGCAUGGGGAUGCCCAGCCUCCCCAGGUCACAGGCGCAGGAGACCAGGCCAGGGCCUGUGCGGCCUUUCCUGCCCUUUCUUGGGUUUUGCCAAAACAAACAGCACCUUGAACACUGAUGCCUGAUGUCAGCUACCUAGGGCACAGUCCAGAGCCAGCUGCCACUGAGCCAUCUCCUGGUAAUGUGAAAACUGCCUCCCACCGACCCCGCCCUGGGUGCAGGGGGUGUGAGGCCCCAGGAUGUCCUCUGUAUGCCCCUCGCUGGCACACAGGCCCAGCUGCAGUCAGGCCAGGCCAGAAUUCUCUGAAUGACAACCACUGGGGUCACCUGAAUCCACAGCUGGGUCCAGGUGCCGAUGGAUGCCCUUCCCGCUCGUGCCGGCAGAGAACUCAGCUUCCCCACACCAGCCAUCCAAGGCCACUAAGGUACAUUCCUCGUCUGGGGAGAGGGCUGUGCUGGGACAGGGGGCCAAGGUGCCCACUGCCCGGGCACGGGCCACAGCAGCCCACAAGACCAUGGGCUAGAAGGGACGAGGGGAAUGACAGGGGCAGGUGUGGGCCCCGGCCUUCCCACCUUUUCACCUGAGGUGCCCUCUCCCCUCCCCUCCCCAGAGAUGCCAGCAUCUGGUAUCGUUUUGGGAAAGGUCACUCACAGGAGGGAAGUGCCCCACCUCCCGGGGGUCUCCUCCCUCACCUGUGGCUGGGGUUCCACCCAGACCCUGAUGUGGUGAUCUCUGGCCUGAAAGCUAAGGGCACAUCAGAGGUGUUUACUCCUGGGGGAAGAUGCAACGUUCCCUUUAGUUCUGGACGCAUGUAAAUGGGCUGUGCUGAAGGGCUCCCUGCAGCUGCACCUGGCUUUCCCCAGCUGCUCGGAGCUGCACCUUUGUCUCAUUGAGGGGAGUGUCAAGACUCUCCCUGGUGAAUGCAGAGCAGAGGGAGCACUGGGAAAAAUGCCAAGUUCCUGGUUUUCCUUUCACUGCAUUUAAAAUGACAGUAUAGCUUUUAAAAGGGAACAUAGGCAAGGUGGCUUCUGGGAUGCACCCCAAGCCCCAGGCCCUCCUGGGGCAGGCAGCACACCUAGCCAGGGUGGAACCCUACAGGGAUGAGGCUUCCGCCCUUGUUCUAGUCUCCACCUCACAUCCUGGCAGGAUCUCUGAUAGGCGCAGGUAUGCCACCAGCCAGGUUUUGAGAUCCUCUCCUUUACAUCGAGCUCGAGCCCUGGGCCUGGUCAGGUGCAGCCCAGCUUGGUGGACUGGCCAUGAGGUCAUCUGAAGUCAGCCUGCUGGCUAGUGAGCUGACUGAGGAAUGGAUCCUGAAACCUCACAUCCUGCCCUGUGGUCUUGGGCCUCAGUGCCCACUACCUAUCUGUUCACUGGUUCUCCAGUUGGCUUCUCAACCGGAAAACGUAAAAACAGCCCCUCCUAGAGAUCAGAUCUCCUGGGAACAAAGAGCAAUAAUCACAUCUUAAGUUCUGCUUACUUGAAAGUUUGCUGUGGUGAUGGAUUAAAAUGAGGCCUUUUAAACUGCAAACAACCUUUCUUCAAAGCAGGCCUCCUGCACUCAGAGGACAGGCAGGCACCUGCAUAAUAAGCUCACCUUCACUUGACAUUUUUCAGGUUUCUGUUCCCCAAAAACAAAAGUGGAUUUGUUGGAGGUGGCAGGGUGGUGGGAUGGUGCCUUGACCUCCUAGGACCAGCGUGAAGGCACUGCUUCCAUGGAUGGGCUCCUGCCUCUCUCCUCAAGAAUGUGGCUGCUGACAGCAGUAUGUGAACAGAGAGGGGAUGUGUCUCUGGUCACCCUGUUGCAGGAUUUUCAAGUUGGCCUUCCCACAGGCUUUGUCAUUGGAGUGUACUCAGAUCUACGACCAUCAUCUCCAAGUACUGUCGGGGAUUUCCGGUUCCCGUAACUCACGUGAAAGUAGGAAGUUGCACAUUGUGACAUGCCCCUCCCUCCACCCCACCACUUUCAGCCUGUUUUGAUUUUCUAAAUGUUAGGACCUGAAAUAAAAUGAAUAUCUCCCUAAAUUAUCAGCAAGGCAAUUUCCAGCAAAGCUGCUUUGGGGAUUUUUUUCCUCAUCCCAGGUGGAGAGGCCAAGGGACACAGGCUGUGGGAGGUGCGGCCCUCGCAUGGGCUUCCCUUCUGUCCAUUAAUCCUGUCUCUUCUCCACACUGCCCCCUGCGAGGGCAUUCCAGAACAGCACAGACACCCAUAUCCUGGCUUGGCCAUUUGUUUGACAUAUAGACACGGUGUGCCUUUCAUUUAAGUCUGUCUAGUGGUGUUGGUAGCAUGUUCUUCUCUUGAGCUGUUACAGACCCAUUCCCAAUGUUGGUGUGGUGUCAUUGCUUACCCUGGGUCAGUUCGUGUCCAGGGUUAUUUUCCAUGCCUUUGGAAACACACUUGAACCAGGCUUACAAGUCAGGUCAUCUGCUUGCUUAUGUCCAUCCAUAGAGACAGCAGAUCUCUGGCUUCAAGGGAACUUCCACCUCCAAAUAGCAUUAAAAAACUUUUUAAAAUUCUGAUAUUCAUAAUUUCCUGCAUAUUGGCACUGAAGAAAUCUGCCUGGGAAAGCUGAGGAUACUCUUGUACAAUCCAAAAUGUGUCUUUAAUUUGAGAAAAAUAAACGUGGUGAAUCACAAACAGUAAAAAAUAAAAAAGUGCCACACAAAGAACAGCAGUCAAAUGGAGCUGUGCUUGCAGCAUCUCAACUGUUCCCCAAACCAGUGGGUUCUGCUUCCUGCAUCAUAUUCCCCUGUAGGUGGCCGCUCAAGAUGGGGCUGUGGGGAUUACAGGUGUUUUCCCUCUGACCAAGUGAUGUGCUUCCUAAGGCCUGGAAGUGUUUUCACUGUUUCCCCGGGAAAAAUUAAAUCAGGAUGUUAUUACACAUAGAAAUCCUCUUCCCCUCUUUUGUCUUAGACCAGUGUUGUACUAAGGGCUUUGUUCUUUCCCAAAAUAUAUACCUGCCGUGGCUGGGACCUUCACUUUUCUAGUUUAUAAAUAAGAAUGUCCUAGCUCUGCCAGUGGAUCUGCCUAUUCUCUGUCCUGGAGGAGCCAAGAGCCGAGUUGUGAGGUUGUGUUGACUGGGGUCGGCUGCUCACCUCACAGCUCAGGGUGUAAAACCUUCAACUCAAGUAUUUCUUCCAGUUUUCCUGAGGGCUCUGAUUCUGAGUUUGAUGGUCACUGGAUCCAUGUCCAGAUGUCCAAACUGAGUUGGAAAUGUUCUAACUGGCAAAGUGUUUUUGUUUCUCAGUUUUCAAAUUUUGAAGAAAAGUGACAUUCAGCCAAUUUGCUAUUUCUAGUCUGUUCACAGAUGUAUAAGUUUAGUCAGAACCUGACCAGGGGGUGUUUGAACUUCACAUUGAGAGCCACAGAUAGGGUGACUUUCCCACACUGAACUUGAAAAUUCUGUCAAUAAUCAUCUAUGUCAGAGCCAAACUAUGUUUGCUUUAUACCAAACAAAACUAUGGAGAACUAAAAGUACAUUGUACAGAAUGUUUAUCGUGUUUUGUAUUUCACCUAUCAGUGUUUAUGUCACUUGUUAUUUCUAAAAAAAUCGUUAGUGAGUCACUAUUCUACUACGGUAAUAAAUUGAUGCUGUACAGUUAAUCCUGUGGAUGCUUCCUGGUUAUUUUUGUCCAAGUUAAUCCACCAUGAUAGCAAUUAUCCGACUCUUGUUCUGCAAAAGUACAAUAAAUGUCAAAUGUGUACUUUUU